AUGGAUCUUUCACCAGCUGGUUCUCGUGUCUCACUCGCCAUGUUUACUCCAAUGGGUCGUUUCGUUUUUCCGUUUUCCGAUCAGGCUAAUCGACGGGAUCUUCAAUCGCGCAUUCAGUCUACCACUUAUGCUCCAUGCGAUCCAAACACGAGUCCAACCCGUUGUCUCCCGUGUGCCAGUGUGAACUCGAUUGCCAAGUUUGCUCUAGCGCAAGGUAAUCGAAAGCCGUUUCCCGAUGUGAUCGUCGUGAUCUCUGGGGGAAAAUAUCAGAUUCCCGAGUUGCUAAACAAAGAGGUGCUCUUGUCUCCAAACUCUCCAAUUCAUGCUUUCUAUAUUCUCGUCGAUGGAACGUAUCCCCAGAUUGCUGAUCAACACUAUGCAGCCACUGCCAAUACUUUGAAAUUAACUGCCCAUGAUUUCGACUCCCUUUCGCGUCUUUCACUUCCACUCUGCCAAUCUGCCAACACUUUUGUGAAUAGAAGUAAUGCCACUCAUCCCUUUGCAUUCGGUACUCUUUGUUGGAUUGUGACGACUCUUCUCUUUAUCGUGUUUCUUCUUACUUGUUGUUGUCUUCUUUAUGCUGUAUAUGUUUAUCGAGAAGAUAAUAGACGCUUAAAAUAUGAAUACGCGGAAGUUGAGAGAAAUCUUCGUAAACAAAACGAAUAUUUCACUGCGAGGAUUCAUCGACAAAUGGAAGAGCAAAUGAAAUUGAAUGAGAAACAUCAAAUCCGAAGCGAGGCAGCUGAAAAAGCGGCUGUGGCAGAGUUGGCGGCUGCAAAAACACGCGAACAACCACAACCAAUCAUUAUUUAUGGACAGCCGAUGAUUGGUGGGAAAAUGAUACCACCAAAGCCUUUGUCUCCAUCGAAAAAUCCCCCAAUCACCCAAAAAACCCUUCGUGAAAUAAUUCCGUCGAGGCACGCUGUGUCGGCUCAAUUCCCCGAGUUACCUAUGAGUGAUCCUUUUGAAUAUGAGAAAUCGGGCGGGUGGAAGCUUUUCUCGUGGGAUGAAGCAAGAGAGAAAUGCAAGGGAAUCGAUCCGAAAGCUGAUCUCGCAACGAUAAACACAAAAGAGGAAGAUGAAUUUGUACUUGAUCUCAUUCAAUCGAAAGUGAUGGAGCUGGGUGACGUCGGUGGAAUGAGUGACUAUGGGAAAUGUUGGAACAGUCACGUGUGGAUCGGGUUCCGUUUCGCUGCCAACACAUCACCUCGAGACGAGGAGCCGAUCAAUUACCCCGAUAGAUUACCCCAUCUUCCACCACUUCCACCACUUCCAUCGCCUCCAUCACUUCCACCACUUCCACCACUUCCAUCACUUCCACCACUUUCCAUCAUUCGCCCGAGACGUGCUGCAUCGACUUCGGAAAAUGUUUUCUCGUGGGCUGACGGAACUUUUGUCGGUUAUCAACAUGAGCCAAAUCAUUGGCAUCCCGAUGUUGAGCUCGAAUAUGUGGCAAUGAGCGAUCCAACGUGCACCUCAUCGAUCGACGGAAAUGAUUAUGGACACCGUCGAUGGGGAUGGCUUGAACAUCAACAAGCACAUCAAAUGGCACGAUAUCUUUGUGGGAAAACAAGGGCU